AUGCUUCGGGUUGGGAGGCUCAUCCGAGCAUCUUCCCUGCCCGGCCGUGACACCCCCGGCAGAAGCAGAACGGUGCCCAACUCCACAUGGGACGAAGCACUCGAGAUAAACCUGACCCUGAGGUUUCCCUGUGAGCCACACAUGGGGUUUCUUUCCAAGCUGGAGGUUCCGGGCAGAGAAAGGCAGGGUGAAAUGGGUGAAACGUUUGGUCUCGGGUUUGCCUCAGGCAACCCCUCAAGAAACCGGGUGAGAAAGGCGGGAGUAACGCUGGAGCUGGCUCCCGAGGAGGAGCAGAGAAUAAACAGCUGUAAAUCGGGGGAUUACUGUAAGCACGUUCAUCCCGUAGCAGGAGCACGGUUAAAGACCAGGCGCUUGGCUCAACUUCAGGACAUUUGGGAACGGCCUCGCCUGCCCCGGCCAGCGCUGGGGGGGGGACCUGCCCGUUGCCUCGUCCGACCGGGGGGUUUCUCAUCCCUCUCCUCAUCUUUUUUGGUCAAAGCAUCCCUUAGGAGAAGGCGACAGACAGGUGGUCCCGUGCCGGCCUCGGUGGCUUGUUCCCACCUUGGAUUUUCUCUUUCCCGGUGCGUGGGCAGCCCCGGUCUGGCACGGCGCUUCCCACCGCACGUGGCCCCGCUGGAUCCGUGCCAGCCUGGCGUGCCCGGCUCCAUCCCGACCGUCUUCGGGCUGCCCAGGGAUGAUGUAACCCGGGCCACCAUUGCUUCAGGAGGGACCGGACCCGGGGCAGAGCCGUCCCCCGGCCACACCGGUCAUCGGCUGCACGGGGCAGCCGCUGCCGCAAGCCGGGCUGCGGCGUCGGUUUGGUAG